UUCAGUUACAGAUCAUCUCUGCUAUAAUUCUAUAUUCAAAUAUAAAAUGCAGAAUAUUAUGUAUUAAAUACAAAAUUGGAAGCCCAAAAUGACUUGUAUUUCUCACGAUAUUUCAUACAAAGUAUGCAUAGUGCUGUGCGAAAGCAAUAAUUUAAUAAAUCGACAAUAUUUGAAUAACAGUUUCAUAUUUGGCGCGCGCGAAUAUAUAACGCCUCCUGACAGACUCUUUGGAACUAAACGGACUUGUUGAUCUUGAACUUGACCUCUGGCGCGAUAGAUAUGAGCAUGAAGGCCGACAAUGCAUGGCAGAUGAAAGAGUUAGCUGUUACAAGAAAGUUCCAGUAUUAUUAUUAAUAAUGGAGUGUGAUCCGCGAUUAUUAGUUAAGAACAAUGACUAUAUUCUAGUAGAAUUUUGCAACGAGAGUGACAUAUUAGCUGUAGGAUAUAAUUGCUGGUUGAGUAGUACAAAAAUGAAAGCUAAGCGACGACUAGAAGAGCUUGUUAGAACAAAGGAUUGUGUGUGCGUGCGUGUGUGUGUGUAUAUAUAACGAGUAAUUACAGCAAUUUGUUUAUUCAGAUUGGACAACUAUGAGGCAAAAGAUGGAAUCACUUAUUAGCAAGAACGUUCAGAGUACCACUAAAAACAAUCAGCAUGAAGUCAUAAAAAAAUCACUCAGUGACGAGUUUGUUACUAAUAAAAAGAAAGCUGCUAGAAAAAAUAAUGAUUCUAAGGAAACAGAUAGCUCAAAACUUAAAAAGAAGUUAAAACAAGAACAAUCUAAACAACGUAGUAGUUCUAUUUUGGAAACGCUGCUUCAAAAAUCUUCAAAACAUGUUAAAAAAAUUCCUAGUAAUGAUUCAUCAGAGAAUCAUGAAAAUAUUGUACCUGAAUCACAUAAAAGUUCAAGCACUUUCAAUGAAACGAAAGAGAUUCAUGAAAAGAAAGUUCGAGCAUCUUUAGCGAAUAUUGAUCAGAAUGGUACAAUAGGUUGUACCAGCCUUAAGCAUGAUGCAAUUCAUCAGAGAAAACCUUGGACAAAAGUAAAAAUAAUACUCUAUCAUUCAUCAAAUCGAAAGAGACGAACAAUGAAAUGACUGCAGGAAGUUCAAAAGAUAGUAAUAAUGCGAUGGUUCCUACUAAUUUAAAAAAACAUGCAGUAAGCAAGAAUUUAAGUGGCAGUAUUGCAAAGAAGAGUAAACCAUUGAAAGUAGCAAUCGAUGCUUCCAAAGAAAAAGAGACACGGAAAGAUGACAAAUUUCCAAAGAAUAACGAUUAC